AUGUUGUCAUCGCCACUGUCGUCGCCCUCUUCACGCAUGCGCCUAGCGCGGUGGAAAACCAAGCUCAGGCUGCUCUCGUUCAACGGCCGCCUUAGCGAUUCGCCAUACAGUAUCGCAUCAGGGUGUCUGCCGGAGUCGCAGUGUUUCUUGACACCGCUCGAGGUGCGCCAGCCAGAGUAUUUUACGCCCUUGACCGACCAUGUGGGCAAAGCUCUCGGAGACGAAACACUUCCACCACCUCCUCCGGCGCCGCGCCGCAAAUUAUCUUACGGGGCUUCCCUUCCUGUUCCCGAGGAGAGCCGCCCCAAAGUGCGCCCGUUUGUUGCUGCGAGCAAGGCGCCUAUUUUUGGUCAAAAAUGCUUCAUUUGUGGCGAGGCAUUGGAAACGAAAUUGGAGUGCGAGAAAUUAGUGCCGCUCGCUUGCGGCGACUGCGUUCAUAGCGAAUGUCUUUCUACCGCGACUGAGUGCGGAUUGCAUCGCGCCUUAUCUUGCGGCCGGUUGUCGCACCGCUCUUCCAGCAUUAAGGUCGAAGCAGCGAUUUUCCCAACGUGCGGUGGCGCCCAUUGUAUGGCGCACAAAAAGAAUGCGCCUGUGGUUGUAAUCGACGACGAUAUCACUACCACUCUUGUAGAUGACGCCUUGCUCGCGUUGAAACUUUCCACAGUUGGGCGCAUUUCUGAAGCCGCGUCGGAGUUCACACAACUCGAUUGGCCCGACGGAUCAGAAGACGAUAAAAGGGAGGUUUGCGAAAGAAAAAUACGCAAAGACAGUGAUUCAAGUCUCUUGAGUGGAAAAACUGAAAGCAUUCCUAGUCGUAGAAGUGACAGCAUCAUUAGCGGACGUCAUGACUAUGACAGCAGAAGCGACUUUCGCUUCAGCCGCGCUAGUCUGUUUGACACCUCUGAAAAGCCUUUUCUUCACAGACCGUUUCUGGACUUCAAAUCUUUUGCAGGGGAAAAGCCUUUUGAGCGUGAAUCUUCCCCUGCUCCAAGUAGCGUCACUAAUGCCACGGUCUCUGUCCGCAUUAGUCUCCACGAACAGGUGCCACUAGACCAUCUUAAAAGCCAUUUCAUCCGACAAAUGGUCGAGUCAUGCGACGAAAUGAACUACUUGCUUCUCGUGGCCGUCGGUCCAUUGCGCUUGGUUGACCGCUUGCGUGUGUCCAUUGGAGAGAACUACUUUGAGGCAAUUGUUUACCUUUUUCUCAACGAUUUAGUAAUAUGCUGCGAGAAUAAAGCUCCCCAAUUCUUCAGCUUCUCGAAGCUAAAACAUAUUGGCUCUCCCGACUUCUCGGUACUUCAGCUUCACUUUGUUGAUAGUCCAAUUUCACUAGUGGAACUUUUUUCUGAUGUUGAAUCCAUCAUUCAAAAAUGGGGUAUUGCUCUCUCAGAUUCGCUGUUACUGUUCCCGUCAGAGAUUUUCUCUUCUACUAUUUCCCUUUCCGAGGUUAUCCCGGAUAAGACAUCUUUCGUCGCGCAGGUUUCACCAAUAUGGGAAGACAAUGAAUCGCAGGAAACUAGUGCUGUGGCAGAUAAAAAUCGUGACGAUUUGAGUCACGUAAACUGCGAAAUACCUGAAAAUGAUGUGGGCCCUUUAGUGAAUGAUUUGAGUAGCCUGGUGCUUGAAAACGAACUUUCCGAAAUUUUCCGAACUAAGAAUCAGACGUGGUUGAGUGAACUGCUCUUAGACUCUUCGAAAGUCAAGCAGAAGAACGUGGAUCCAGUGAGUGCUUCUCAAAUCGGAACAUAUGUGUAUUCUUCAAGUCCCACUACUCCAUUGAAUAUUUAUAAAAUCCCCGCACCUUCUAUGUCUUCGCCCAUCGACUCUGAUUCUGAAUCGGAAUCCGACUCUGAUGACGAGGCUAUCCGUGACGCUAUUCGUGGGAAGUUGCAUAUUCAUUAA